AUGCCACCUUUUACCAAAGGCCAACAACUGAACAUCUUCGUAACAUUCUGGAUCAUUUCCAUCACGGAAAUCAACGAGAUUAGACAAGACUUCACAGUCGACAUGUACUUUCACCUGUACUGGACGGAUUUUAGGAUAACAUUCCCAGUUUGCGAAGACAGCCCUUUCAUCAUUGUCGACCAAGAACUGGUGGACAAAAUCUGGAUGCCCGACAUAUUCUUUGCACAGGGAAAGAAAGCAAUCCGGCACUACGUCGUCCGUAGGAACGCUGGUCUUUGGCUAAACAAGGAAAAAACUCAGCUCUUCUUCUCCGAGAGACUGACCGUGACCAACUUCUGUGCAUUCGACUUCCGCAACUUUCCGUUGGACAGGCAGGUAUGCUCCCUUCCAGUCGAAACAUACGCCUUUCACGGACUGUACGUCAACACUUCGUUCAAAGCCCCGGGCAUUCAAUUCGACAACUUCAAGUUCAAGAUCCCGCAGUAUACGCUGAGCUCAGUAUUGCCCAGCAGCUGCUCUUACGAUUACCUCUACGAGGGCUCGUACUACCUGAACCAGAGCUGCGUGCAGGCCGACUUCACCUUCGACCGCCAGUUCAGCUACUACUUCGUGCAGAUGUACCUGCCGUCGAUCCUGAUCGUGCUUGUGUCGUUCCUGAGCUUCUGGGUACCGGUGGAGAACGUGCCUGGUCGUGUGUCGCUGGGUGUCACCUCACUCCUCACGCUGGCCACCCAGUUCACCACCAUGCAGCGUUCUCUGCCGCCCGUCUCGUACAUGAAGGCCAUGGACGUCUGGAUGUUCUUCUGUAUCGUCGGCGUCUUCCUGGCCAUGGUGGAAUUCACGCUGGCCUUCAACUUCAAAAUCGUCCUGGCGAGCAGCGCCGACGACAAGAAGCCGGUGCCGGUGCUCCAGCCGGUGGCGACAAUCACGCCGGACAUCGACCCGCUGGGCACCAACAUCAAACGCGAGCCGAAGAUCAUCGUCAUCAGCGAGGCGGAUGGCAAGCCGUCGGUGGCAUCCCUGGCGCGCGGUUUCGUGGUCGGAUUUGUAAAACGGUUCCACGCCAAGAAGGGAAACGUUAUCGAUAACAUAUCCAAAGUUCUAUUCCCGACGACUUUUGUGGUGUUCAACGUCGUUUACUGGCUGCACUACACCCGUCAGGAACAGUGA